AUGCAGGUAAAAAUUCAGUACAAAAGUACGGGUUUGGUCUACGGAAAAAUCUUUAUAAUUGGAUAUAACUUCAGGUUCUGCCAAGCUUUUGAGGACAACAAGGGCAAAGAGCUUCAAACAGAAUCUUACGAUAUCAACACUAGAAUUUGGGAAGCUGCCCCCGUCUCGUACCUUGAGGCAAUAGGUUAUGACGUAUGGAAUGUGUCAACCAAUGUGGCCAUCGACGAGAAGAUUUAUGUUAUGAGCUCAGCGAAGUCUCUCUCCUACAACACAAGAAAUGGAUGUUGUGAGAAUUUUCAUAUAUAUGAUGACUAG